GGCAGGCCCGCAGCCUGAUCCAUGUCCCUCCCUCCCUCCCGCUUGGAGUGCGGCCCGCCCUCGCUCACUCCCCCCUGGCAGCACGGAGCGAGCAGUCGAGCGCAGGCAGGGAGCACCAGCCAGCCUUCCCACCUCUGGCACCGGGACUGACUGACACACACACACAGCGGGCACGGACACCCACCCGGCGUCGCCACCGCCAUGACCCACUUCAACAAGGGCCCCUCUUACGGGCUCUCCGCCGAGGUCAAGAACAAGAUUGCUUUAAAAUAUGAUCCACAGAUAGAAGAAGAUCUUCGCAACUGGAUUGAGGAAGUUACUGGAAUGAGCAUUGGGGCAAACUUCCAGCUGGGCUUAAAGGAUGGUAUUAUUCUGUGCGAGCUCAUCAACAAAUUGCAGCCAGGAUCUAUAAAGAAAAUUAAUCAGUCCAAACUAAACUGGCAUCAGCUGGAGAACAUUGGAAAUUUUAUCAAGGCCAUACAGCAAUAUGGCAUGAAACCACAUGAUAUUUUUGAAGCAAAUGAUCUCUUUGAGAAUGGAAAUAUGACCCAGGUUCAAACAUCACUAGUGGCACUAGCAGGUCUGGCAAAAACCAAAGGUUUUCAUACUACAAUCGAUAUUGGAGUAAAAUAUGCAGAAAAGCAAGCAAGGAGUUUUGAUGCAGGGAAACUUAAGGCUGGGCAAAGUGUGAUUGGCUUACAGAUGGGAACCAACAAAUGUGCCAGUCAAGCAGGUAUGACUGCCUAUGGGACUAGAAGACAUCUCUAUGAUCCAAAGAUGCAAACUGAUAAACCGUUUGACCAGACAACAAUUAGUUUGCAGAUGGGUACUAACAAAGGAGCCAGUCAGGCAGGGAUGCUUGCACCAGGGACCAGGCGAGACAUUUAUGACCAAAAGCUCACAUUACAACCCAUGGACAACACUACCAUUUCACUACAAAUGGGCACCAACAAAGUGGCUUCACAGAAGGGGAUGAGCGUGUAUGGGCUCGGACGACAAGUGUAUGACCCUAAGUAUUGUGCUGCACCAACAGAACCCAUUAUUCAUAAUGGAAGCCAAGGAACAGGAACUAAUGGGUCUGAAAUCAGCGACAGCGAUUAUCAGGCUGAGUAUCCAGAUGAAUAUCACGGCGAGUACCAAGAUGACUAUCAGAGAGAUUACCAUGUUCAGUACAGUGACCAGGGCAUUGAUUAUUAGGGUUGCCUCAAGUGAAAAAGUUCAGUAUUAGUUUAUUAUUUUAUUCAUUAAAAACGAAACUAGCCUUGUGGAAUUGUUACCCAUCUUCUUUACACAUUAUGCUCAUGUACCUAAGGUAAAUAUUGCCUUACAUAACAUUCCUUUUUCCUUUCUCUGCCCUUUCUUUCUCUAGUUGCCUUUAGUGCUGUAACAGUUGCAGUCUACAGCAUAACCAAUAACUGCAUAUGAAGUAAAAAGGAAUACUGUGAAGGGGAGUUCUCUUAUACAGCCAAGUCUUUUAAUAAAAAAAACUAUGCAUUUUUUUACAAUCUUGUUCUGAAAUAGGCAUUUUACAUACCAUAUCAAGCCUUGAUGUUUUUUAAAAAACUUUUUAUUUACAGUUCUACUUUAUGGAAGACUGUAAAAGACUUUUGUGCAUAAUGCUGAUUGUGGUCUUUGCCACCAAAGCUGUGGCUGUGGCUUAUUACUGAAAAGGGGUUUUUUUUAAUUUCCUCCAUGCUUGCUUGCAAUAAAUGUGCUUUUGUGAUUGUGUGUGUUCCAUUCCCACUUCUAAAUUGACCAAACUGAUAGAAAGAGCUGACUUUCUUAAAAGGGAGUUCAUACAAAGUUCUGAGCCCACAGAAGUCCCCAUUUUUUGAUGGUGCAAUUUUUAAAAAAAUUUCUGUGCCAUAAUGUAUCCAUGUAGAAUUGCCUUUUCUUUGAAUUGUAUUUAUUGCCACAUUUCUCAUCAUAAACUGAUCCUGUUGUAUUUUUUAUAAAUAAAUGUUGUUUUCUGGAAGGCAUGUGAUAACUCUUGAGUUAUUAAAUAGAAAAUACAAACAACAGAAGUAAUUGUCUUGAUACUCUGGCAAACAAGUUAAACAGGUAGCUUGCUGAUGGGAAUUGGUGGGGGGGGGAAGAUUGCCAAAUGUAGUAAAUGAAAUAAGGUCAGAAGCUAGGGAAGGUACCUGUCCCUCAAUUCUAUGUACUCAUAAGUGUCACUGAAUUCAGCAGAACAGACCGCAUUCAAGUAUGUGCGUUGUCAAGCUCAUGCAAUCCCUUUCCCACUGCUCCCCCACAAAGUACAUCUGGCAGCUGCCCCCUCUCAGUAUUGCAGAGGUGUAGUGUCAGUGGCCAGGUGCAAGCCUAGCAUCACAGGGCAGGGCUUGGCUCUGUCCUGGCCAUCAGUAGCCCAGAGACAUAGGCUAAUCCUCCUGUCAUCUCCUGUGCUACCAAUCCUCAGAGCUUAGGGAAUGUGCACAUGGAAUACACCCCCCUGGCACUUAGCAGCUAGCAAGCUCUUUCUCAUCCAAAGGAAUGAGGAGGGCCACAAGGCAAAGUAAGAGAGGGUUUUUUAAAAAAACC